UGUAUUUUUGGGUCCAAUAGUGUGCACCACACACGCAAACACAUUUCUGAAUCACAUUUUCUUUCUUCAUUGAAAAAAAAAAAAAAUGUGUCCUCUGAGGUUCAUUCUGAUAUUCCUGUCGGCAACCCUCGCCGGAUUCUUCGUCAUCAGAAACCUCAGAUCUCAGCCUCAGAUCGACGACGGUGACGGAACUGUUCUCACCAACCCCAAAAUCUCAGACUCUUCCGACCCUUCCUUGAAUGGAACUUCCAAGGUUCGCGCUGCUUUGGAGUCUGGGUUCUGGACCUUCGUGGACAUGGCGAGUGGGCGUUAUCUUUGGAGGCAUUUGAAGAGAUCGUGAUGGUUGAUGUGAUUGUUGUGUGUUAUCCACUUACCCUUGUUCAGUUCCAUGAUCCCUGUGGACCCAAAUUGGGUGAUUGAACGUUGCCUCGGAUAUUGUAAUUUUUAGGGUCAAUUUGGAUGCUGUGUAUCAUAGAUGUUGUUGUUCAUAGUGUUGGUGUUCUUGUUGGUUUUUGAAGGGUGUAGCAUGGUUUUGAAUUGCGGCCGCAGCAUAAUGGUUUUGUCGGUUCACUGCAAAUGCAAUUUAGGACCAUGGGUAUAAGUGUAAUAACUGGAAUGAUAAUGAAGAUUAAUGAAGCCUAUUUUCUUGAAAUAUCAUCA